AUGGAAAUUCUCCCGCCGUCAACUACCCGUCAGCCGGCUAUUCCGGGCCGGCCGGAGCAAUCAGAGGAGUACGCAUGGGUUCCAGGUCUAAUCGACGCGGCGACGAUCGAGAAGCUCGAGCGCGUAGGUAUGACAUGGGGCCCUCUGACCGGCCUCCCGUGGGGAGCUCCCAUCCCUCUGCUUCUCCUAACAGCCUUCUGCACCACUCUGCACCGAUACAACCCCAGGCGGAGGGAUUUCCCCGUGGGGGUAUCGUUCGGGUGGUACAUACUGCAGGCGGAAGACGCGGACGAUGAGCCGCCACCGGCGGACGCGCACAAGGGCGGGGGAGGGGGAGGGGGAGGCGGGGGAAGGGGGCACGGUGACGCUGGCGCUGUCGGCCACCGCCAGUCGCUUUUCUCCGAUAGUGAGGUCUCCGAUUCCGAGUUCGAGUCGUCGCGCCAGGCCACGCGGUUGUCCGCGAUCGGCGGCGGCGGCGGCGGGGCCGGAGGAGGAGGCGGAGCGGGAGGAGCGCUAGCAGCGGCGGCGCGCGCGGCGUACCAUUCAUCCGCAGGUCCGGGCGGGGGCGUGGGAGCAGGCAAGGGGGGAACCAUACCGCAGGGAAUGCGGCCAGGUGGACUAGCCACAGGACUCCUUUCCACCAUGGUUGGCGCAAUGGCUGGGGGAGGGGCAAAACCCGUAGCAGCAGGCGCAGGAGCGGCGGGAGCAGCUUCCGCGAAGCCUGCGGGGGGCGGGUUGCUGCGGCUGUGGCAGGGGGGGAAGCUGUACGACGCGCCGCCGUCGGGGCAAGAUCUUAGGGUUAGCUGGCGCGCCAACGGGCUGUUUCACGACACUAUAUCGGACGCGAUGAGCUCUAUAACGAGUUUUUCCGCCGUAGGAGAGGAGGACGAGGAUCAACUACUGGUGGUGAACGUAGAAAUGGAUAACUUACCCGCGCGCGCCCCGCAAGCGGACAACCUACUCCCCCCUUCCGCGCUCCCCCCGGCUGCUGCGCCCCCAGGCGCGGUUCCGCGGCAGGGCAGUCUGGGGGCGGCGGGUCUGCCGUCCAUGGGGCUGGCGAAGCAGCACAGCCUCAGAUCGGACCCGGGAACCGUGGCAGCGGCAGGCGCAUCCGGGGCAGGCGCAUCGGGGGCGGGUGUAUCUGGGGGAGGUGCAUCCGGGGCGGGGCGUUCCGACAGGGACGUGACUUUGCUUGAGAUGCUGGCCCACGUGGGAUCGCGGUUGUUUGAAGCCGUGGGGAGCGCGGAGGAGGGAGGAGGCGCAUCGGGGGUGGGUCACAGCGGUGGGUUGGAUAACCCUACGAGAGACCACAGCGGGAGUUUGGCACGGUCGUUAGGUGGGGGGGCGGGGGAGGGGCGGAGUGUGCGGGCGGGGGGGAGGGGCGUGUCCGGGGAUGGCAUGUCUGAUGUGGAUAGGGAGAGCGUGGGGCGGGGGACGGCUAGAUCAGCGUCAACAGCAAGGAGUAGGGUGGCUGCUGCCAGUGCAGCUGCAGUUGCGAAAGGGUUUCCGGCCUUUUUCAAGUAUUUUGCGUAUGGGAUUGAUAGGCAGACGAUUGAAGAGGAAGGGGAGGAUAUACCGUCGUGCGGGCUGGCAGGGUUGUUUGUCCCCGGGUCAAAAAAGAAAGCGGUGCUGAUUCGGUGGCGGUAUGAUGUGUCUAAGUACGAUGAAUCUACGGUUGCAAGGCUGAGCGCGAAUUUUUGUUUUUUGGUGGAGAGGAUUGCAUCUCUGCCGUCGAUCAAGGCGCUGCCGAUUUAUUACCUGCCCGUGCUGACCGACGCGGAAAGGGAGCAGCUAGAGGACAAAUUUUCCGGGCGGCUGGUGCCGCAUGCGUUUUGGCAUGAGGAGGAAGAAGGGAGGAAGAUUCUGCUGGAUGUUGGGGGGUAUAGGGAUGGGAGGGGGGUGGGGAGAGGCGGCAGGGAUAAGUUGAGGGAGAAGGAUAGGCUAAGGAGGAAGAAGAAGCAAGAGGAGGGGAAGGGAGAGGGUGUGGAAGGUGGUGGGGAGAGGGGCGGAGAUGGGGUGAUUGUUGGAGCAGCCUCGUCCGCCGCCCAGUCUCAGGUGGGUUCUAGCGCCAGAGGGGGGACAGCAGGCGGAGCAAGGGCAGGCGGAGGCGGAGGCUCAGGGGGAGGGGGAGGAGCGGGGGGAGCAGGGGCAGCGGGCAGUGUGGUAACAUCAGGAUUUGACACGGUGACAAAUCUGUCAGAUGCGGCGCCAGGGAGUGUGGGCAGGGGGGCGAGGAGCAGGGGCCGGGGGUUGAAUGUGCGCGAUCGCACCCUGGUGGAUCUGUUUGAACGGCAGGUGAAGGUUAACCCCGCUGCCACUGCACUGCUGCUGCUGCACCGGGGGAGAGGGCGCGGGGGCGCGGGCGGAGGGGGGUCAUGGGGAGGUGGAGCGGGAGGAGGGGGAGCGUGGGGGGCUGGAGGAGGAGGGGAAAGAGGAGCGGGAGCGGGAGUAGCAGGAGGAGGAGGAGGAGGAGGAGGAGGAGGAGGAGGAGGAGGAGGAGGAGGAGGAGGAGGAGGAGGAGGAGGAGGAGGAGGAGGGGUGGAAGGGACGAAGGUGGUGGUGAGGGAAGCGGUUUCGUACGUGCAGCUGCAUGCGCGUGCCCUGCUGAUCGCGAGGUUCGUUGCCAAGAAGCUUCCUCGCCCUGCUCUCAUCCCGGCGUCGCACCGGGGUAGCAGCCACAGCACCCCUGCCGCCACCCCCAAGGCCGCCUCCUCUGCUGCUGCCGCGGCUGCUGCUGCUGCUGCUACGGCCGCUGCUGCUACGGCCGCUGCUGCUGCUGCUGCGGCUGCUGCCAACGGCACGGGUGUUUCUGUCGGUUCCCCAACCGUUUCAGCAACACCAGCAGCAGGAGGAGGAGGGGCAGGAGCAGGGGCGAACAUAGCGGCAGCGGCAGCAGCAGCAGUGGGGGCAAGCCGGGCGAGACCAGAGGUGCAGCUAGUGGGGGUGUGCAUGGAGAGAGGGGUGGAUUGGGUAGCAGCUAUUCUCGGGAUUAUGAUGGCUGGACGGGCGUAUGUGCCUCUGGAUCCCUCCCUGCCUCUUGGCAAGCUGGAGGAGAUUGUGGAGGAGUCCGGGAUCAUGCUCGUGCUCACGUCGCGCCACCUGGCGGACGCGCUGAUGUGGAUGACGCCCCGCUCUCCACGUGGCGCGGCCGCCACGUCAUCGUCAAGUCCGCGAGUGGCCAAUCAGGCAGGGCCAGAGGAGGUAGGCCAGAGGCAGGAUCAGGAGCAGGAUCAGCAGCAGCAGGAGCGGCGGCGGCGGCAUCAUCUGUUGAAACACAAGCGGGCUGGCAGCUCGGGAAGCUCAGGGAAGGCGGAUUCAAGAGGAGAGGCCGGUGUGAGCGACAGUAGAAUCAGCAUCAGCAGCGAUCGGAGGACUGGAGUGGCGAUUUUCUUCCCCAGCAGCAGCAGCAUGGGUGCCGCUGACAGCAAUCACAGCAGUGGUGUUUCAGGCGAGGGGCGUUGGGCGAGGGCGCUGCCUGUGUGGGCGGUAGAGGAGGUGAUCGAAGGGGAGGUGGAGGAGGAGAGGGCGGAGCGAGCGUUGCUGGGCGACUGGGGGCCUGGAGAUGAAGGGAUGACUGCCGCUACUGCUGCGGCGGCUGUAGCGGCUGCUACAGCGGCGGUGGCCGCUACAGCGGGAGCGGCCCCACCAGUGGAUGUGAGAGCGCAGAUCUCCCCCGCCCACCUGCCCGCGCACCUCUUUGAGCUGUUCACAGCAUUUGAUGUCGGCGCCGCUGCUGCCAUCUGCCCCUCGCCCCUCGAACCCCAUUCGCCGCACAGCUCUGCUCCUUAUAACGAAUCUGCUUUUAGCGGAGCAGGAGGAGCAGGAGCAGGAGGAGCAGGGGCUCUUACUGCUGCUGCUGCUGCUGCUCAUGAGUCUGCUGUGGUUCACGCACAGGCAUGUGCGGAACUUUCCUCAGAAGCUUCUCUCCUGGGUGUUUCUGGGCUGCUCACACUGCCAAGUGUCGCGAUGUGGUUGGAGCCCCGGUCGCUCCCGAGCCUGCGCUGGGUGGCCUUCUCAGGCGAGCCCGUACCUAGAGCUCUGGUUUGGCGCUGGCUUCGGGCCGGACGUGUGGUGGUAGAUAUUUACGGGGCUGUCGAGUGUUCCCUGGCCGCCACGUGUGCAGUCUGGCGGCCUGGCGACAGGGUGGCAGAUACAAUCGGCCGGCCACUGCCAGGUGUCCACGUGUACAUUCUCGGGCCAAACCUCGAGCUCCUCCCGAUCGGUGCGGGCGGCGAGGUGUGCAUUGCAGGGAUACACGUGGCGAGAGGGUAUUGGAAGAGGCACGGGGAGACGCGGCAGAGGUUCGUGAGCAACCCGUACGGCAUGGGCGUUCACGACUGGAAGCUGUUUCGAACAGGAGACCGAGGGAGGUGGUUACCAGACGGGUGUGUGCAGUUUCUGGGGAGAUUAGAGCAGCAGGUGUAUAUCCGAGGGUUGAGUGUGGAGCCGGUGCAGAUAGAGGAAGCGGGGUGUAAGGUGGAUGGGGUGGCGCGCUGUGUAGUGGCGUUCAGGGCGCAUGACCCUGGGAGACAGCCGUAUCUCGCUGCCUAUCUGCUGCUUAAGCCGUCGCUCGCAGCGGCUGCUGCUGCUGUGGCGGCUGCAGGAGAGGCAGGGGUGGGGGGAGGGGAUGGGGGGGAAGCAGGGGCGGGGGCAGGGGCGGGGAAAGGGGCGGGGAAAGGCGGGGGGAAAGGGAUGCAGACUCCAGCUCAGCAGCUACUGGCGUCACAGCAAUUGGCAGCAGUGAUACCCAAGAAGGUCCGAGAGUAUUUCAGAUCCGCCCUCCCUCCUCACGCUGUUCCCUCAGCUAUCCACGUGAUUCACCACCUCCCUUGGACCAAGACGGGCAAGGCCGACCGCUCCCGCCUCCCUCUGCCGCCCGCGGACUCCUUUUUUGUCUCUUGUGAUGAGGACGGGUCUGUGGGCGGCACGGGGUUGGGAGCGGGCAGCGGGGAUCCGUUAGAGACGGCGGAGGAGCGGGCAGUUGCGGUGAUAUUUGCUGAGGUGCUGCCCGGAGUCGAGGCGGGCAGGUUGCGGAGAAAUUCAAACUUUUUUGAGCUGGGAGGGAAUUUGUUUCUGGCAGCACAGGUGGUCGCGAGGUUGGUUGAUUCUAUCGAGAGUUCUGUUAAGGAGGGUGGGAGCAAUGGGGGGGAUGGCGGCAGUGCUGCUGCUGCUGCUGCUGCUGCCGCUGUGGCUGCUGGUGGUAGGGUGCAAGGAAAAGGAGGUGGAAAAGGGGAGGGGGGAGGAAAGGGCGGGAAAAGAGGGGGCAAAGGCAGCAGUGGGAGCGUGGGUUCAGCUCACGCUGGGGAAGCAGCAGCAGCAGGUGUAGCGGGAGGAACGAGGGCAGAGUAUUACCGCGCAGGGCUGACGUUGAGAGACAUGUUCAGUGCGCCCACUGUCAUGGGUCUUGCUGCUGCCCUGCACCGCGCUGCUACUGCCGCUGCCGCUUCUGCUGCGGCUGCGGCUGCUGGUACUGGUUCUGGUGGUGGGGGCGGACUGGGCUUGAGUUUGGAUGAAGGGUCGGAAGACAGUGAUGGGGAGGAGGAGGGGCAGGCAGGCUCGGGGGAGAGGUUGCUGCGCCUGGCACCCUUCCCUUCAGCCGCUGCUGCUGCUGGCUCUGCGAGUGCUGCUGCUAGUGGUGCUGGUUCUGCAGCUGGUGGGGCAAGUGAGGGGGAUCGGGCGGGCAGAGUGGUGGGGGUGGCGCUGUCAGAGGCGCAGGUGCUGCUGUGGGUGGCGUACCAUGCUUUGCCGCACCCGCAGCUGCUGGACGAGUGCCAUGUGUGGCGCCUGCAGGUGAGUGAGACGAGUGCCAUGCCAUGCGUGUGCCAUGCGUGUGCCAUGCGUGUGCCAUGCGUGUGCCACGUGUGUGCCACGUGUGUGCCACGUGUGUGCCAUGCGUGUGCCAUGCGUGUGCCAUGCGUGUGCCAUGUGUGUGCCAUGCGUGUGCCAUGCGUGUGCCAUGCGUGUGCCAUGCGUGUGCCAUGCGUGUGCCAUGCUUGUGCCAUUGGUGGUGUGAAACGACCUCUAUACCCUCGCCCCAUUGCUUCAAAUUCUGCUCCCCUCCCUUCCCCUUCUGUCACCCCCUCUCCUCUCUACCUUCCCUCCAACCCUUCCUCUCCAACCCUUCCUCUCCAACCCUUCCUCUCCAACCCUUCCUCUCCAACCCUUCCUCUCCAACCCUUCCUCUCCAACCCUUCCUCUCCAACCCUUCCUCUCCAACCCUUCCUCUCCAACCCUUCCUCUCCAACCCUUCCUCUCCAACCCUUCCUCUCCAACCCUUCCUCUCCAACCCUUCCUCUCCAACCCUUCCUCUCCAACCCUUCCUCUCCAACCCUUCCUCUCCAACCCUUCCUCUCCAACCCUUCCUCUCCAACCCUUCCUCUCCAACCCUUCCUCUCCAAUCACACAGGGCCCGGUCAACUUCCCUCGCCUGCAGCGCUGCGCUCGCGCUUCGUCGUCUGGCACAACAGCAAGCACAAGCCAAAGUCAUUGCUCGUAUUCCCCCGUCCACCUUUCCACUCCAAUCACACAGGGCCCGGUCAACUUCCCUCGCCUGCAGCACUCACUGCAAGCACUGGUGCAGAGAGUGUGUUGGAGUGUGUCACGCAGAUCCACACCCACCCCACACAUGGCCCUCCUUUUAAGCUCGCUCUGGUGGAUAUUUCCGGCGCAAAGUACUCCAAACGAAACAAGCUUAUAGCGGGGAUAAUCGCGGAGGCGAGACGGCCAUUUUGCCUGAGGACGCCGGAGGAGGUAGCAGUUCAGCUGGUUGUGGGAGGGAGUGGGGCGGAUGGGGAAAGUGGAGGCAGUGGGGGUGGCAUGGGGGGGAUGGGACACUCUCUCGUGCUCGUGUGGAACCCUCUCAUCUUCGACGGCGUGUCCUCAUCACUGUUCUACUCCGACCUCCUCCAGGUUUACAAGGCGGGCGGCUCGGCGGCCGACCUCCCCGCAGUCGCCAGCUACGCGGAUUUCGCCGUGUGGGAAAAGGACAAUCUGGCGAGUGCCGGGCACAAGGAGUGGGACCUGGGGUUCUGGAAACAAGCGGUGGGUGUACCUCCCCCAAAACUACCUCCCCAGCUGCAACCCAAGCACUCCGUCGCGAUCGCCGUCCCGGUCGCUAGGAGACAAAUCCUGCCGCUCCAGUCGGUGAUCGGGCGGUUUUCAGAUGUGCUACCCGUGGUGACGGAUAUGAGGAAGCAUCUGAGCCCUCCAUUGGUGGUGGCUGGACGGCUGAGAUCGUUUACUUCGUCGAUCAGCCGAGCAUCAUCGUGUGUCUCGUCUCGAUGCGUUUCCCCUUCUACUUCCCACCAGUAUUCCGCGCUCUCUCCUCGCCUCUCUGCUUCCACUGCCGCUGCUGGAGCUGGUGGGCCAGUUUCGGGCUUCCGACCCUCCAGCCAUGGAGGCCGGAGCUCCGGAAAGGGAGAGGGGGAUAGGCCAGGGUCGGCAGGGGGAAGGGGAGCAGGAGGGGGAGUGGAGGGAGGCGGUGGGGGGUACUGCAGUAGUGGGGACGACAGGGAAGACGGGGCAGCUUCGACAGCGGAGAGAAUAGGUGCUGCUGGUGGUGGUGCCGCUAGUUGCUUACGCCCAGGAAUGCAUGGGAGGAAAGGGGAUGGAAGGAGGGGAGGAGCGGGAGCGGGAGGAGGGGGAGGCGGAGGUGGGACGGGCGGGGGAGCGGGGAGGAAGUUAUGUCUGCCCAGCGAGGUGCAUGCCAUUGGGGAUGGGGAUUCCCCUCCCCUGCCCUCCCCUCGCUCCUCCCCUGCUCCUGCUGCUGUAUCGGCUGUGGCUGCUGGGACUGGUGUGGCUGGUGUGACUGGUGCUCCUGCUGAUGCUGCUGCUGCUCUGAGACAAAUCGCGGCUGCUGAUGUUGAUGGGUCGAAGCAGGGGCAUCAGGGGCAGGAGUUUGUUCAGGGGAGUGGGGGUGUGGGAGUUGGCACUGACGUGCUUUCACUCGCUGCGGCUGCUGUUGCUGCAGGGAAGGGGGGGAGGCGUGGGGAGGAGAGUCGGCCUGGUGGGGGGAGUGGGUACGAGAGCACACGCUGCAGCCGCUGCCGCACCAGUCCAUAUCCCUUGAGAAUUAACGCUCUUUUCUUUCAUUCUCCUUUCCUCACCCCCCUCAACCCCCCCUCCCCCACCCACCAGGUGCGAGAGCACACGCUGCAAGCCCUGCAGCACCAGUCCAUCUCGCUCCGUCUGCUCGCCUCUGCACUGCACCCCACCGCUCCCGACCCCUUCACCUCCCCCUUCGCCCUCGCAUCCUUCGCCCUCACGCACCCUGGCACCGAUUCUCCACCGAACCUCCUCCCCCUAGAAGACUCCCUAGUGGGGGACCUAGACCUAGAAGCCUCUUCUGCUGCUGCUGCUGCUGGGUUUGGUGCCGCUGGUGCUACUGGUGCUGGUGCUGCUUUCGAUGGUGGUGCUGCUGGUGGUUUUGGUGGUGCGAUCGGUGGGGUGGGCGGUGGGGUGGGUGGAGGGGCGGAGUUUGGAGGGAGUGUGGGCGGCGGUGGGUGGGGCGGCGAGGUGGCGCUGUUUCCCUUGGGAUUGUCGCUGCGGCCGCUGAGAGACGGGCGGCUGGCCGGGCGGCUGACUUACCAGGUGGAUGCAGUGCCUAGGAGCAUCGCAGAGGUGCUAGCGAGGCAGAUAGAGCGGCUGGCAGAGGCAGCAGUGGAGUCACCUCGGCCCUUGCUGCUGGAUGAACCCUCUGCCAGGGCGCUGAAGCAGGCGCGGAGGCGCGGGGGCGGGGGGGAUGGGGGGAAAGGGGGUGGCGGAGGGGGUGGGGGAGGGGGAGGGGGAAUGGUGGGGCCGAUUGGGUGCAUGCCGUUGUGUAUAGGCCGGGAUAGGCGGGUGUUAGUGAGGCAAGGGUCUUCAGAUUCGGAUGAGUCUGAUGUGAGCGUUUGA